ACGGGGAGCUGUCAGAAGAGCAGAAGGCUCUCCGACUCGGGCUAAAUUAUUUAGUCCUGAAACAGAAGCUGAAGAAUGAAUGAUAGCUCCUAACAUCUCUAAUUAAAGUUGUGCCUCUGAUGGAAUACUCAGGUCCCUGGGUCUCUCUUCCUCUGUCUGAACCUCGCCAUUCGCCUCCCGGACUAAAUCUGGACUAAACCUGUACUAACCCCGGACUAACCCUGGAUCUGCUCUGGACCCACCCUCCCUGACGUCCUCCUUCCCUCCUGCUUCCCUAUUUCUACCUCACUUAUUCUGAAAUGUCCAGAAGUGAAUGUUUUUUAUGGAUUGAGCACUUUUGCAAGAUAGGUCAAUUUGAAGUUACCUCAGAAUAAUAGAUCAAAAAUAAAUCAAGACCUUAGAUGUAUUUUUUGUACACAUUUAGUCCUUGUUUCAGUCUUGGUUUAGUUCGGGUUCAGUCCUGGUGUAGUCUUGGUUUCAGUUCGAGUUCUGACCUGGUUUAGCCCUGGUUUAGUUUUGGUUCAGUUCUAAAUUGAUCCCUAGUCUAGCCUAAAUUCAGUCCCUCCUUAGUUCUCACCCCGCCCCCCUGGCCCGGCCCCACCCCUCCCGGUGAUGUGGCGGUGAUGUCACGUCCUGGCAGCCCCGCUCACUCAAGGCCGACGCCCACCUUCUUCUUGGGGCCGGACGAUGACAGCGAAACUCUGGACAUGAGCGCUCCCGACAUGGACCUGUACGACGAGGAGGAGGAGGAGCCGGACUCGCCUCCAGAGCAACAGAUCGUUGUGGGAAUAUGCUGCAUGAUGAAGAAGUCCAAGUCCAAACCCAUGACCCAGAUCCUGGAGAGACUCUGCAGAUUUCAAUACAUCACAGUGGUCAUUUUUAAUGAGGAGACCAUCCUGAAUGAGGCAGUGGAGCAGUGGCCCCUGUGUGACUGCCUCAUAUCAUUUCACUCUAAAGGCUUCCCUCUGGAUAAAGCGGUGGAGUACGUCAAACUAAGGAACCCUCUACUGCUCAAUGACCUCAACAUGCAGUACUACAUACAAGACAGGAGAGAGGUUUACAGGAUUCUGCAGGAGGAGGGCAUAGACCUUCCUCGAUAUGCUGUACUGAACCGAGACCCAGACCAUCCUGAAGAGUGCAGUCUGGUGGAGGGGGAGGACCAUGUGGAGGUGAAUGGUGAGAUCUUCCAGAAGCCAUUUGUAGAGAAGCCUGUCUGUGCUGAAGACCACAAUGUGUACAUCUACUACCCCACAUCUGCAGGAGGAGGCAGCCAGAGACUCUUCAGGAAGAUCGGCAGUCGUAGCAGUGUGUAUUCCCCUGAAAGCAGUGUGAGGAAGACUGGCUCCUACAUCUAUGAAGAGUUCAUGCCCACAGAUGGAACCGACGUUAAGGUAUACACAGUGGGACCAGACUACGCCCACGCUGAGGCUCGGAAGUCUCCCGCUCUGGAUGGGAAGGUGGAGCGUGACAGUGAGGGCAAAGAGGUGCGGUACCCGGUCAUGCUCAGCGCUAUGGAGAAGCUGGUGGCACGCAAAGUCUGCUUGGCCUUCAAGCAAACUGUAUGUGGGUUUGACCUGCUCAGAGCCAAUGGACACUCGUACGUUUGUGAUGUGAACGGAUUCAGCUUUGUCAAAAACUCUAUGAAGUACUAUGAUGACUGUGCCAAGAUAUUGGGAAACCUGGUGAUGCGAGAGCUGGCUCCUCAGUUCCAAAUCCCCUGGUCCAUCCCCACAGAGGCAGAAGAUAUCCCCAUAGUGCCCACUACAUCAGGGACCAUGAUGGAGCUGAGAUGCGUGAUUGCUGUGAUACGUCAUGGAGACCGGACACCCAAACAGAAGAUGAAGAUGGAAGUCCGGAACCCUAUGUUUUUCGAUCUGUUUGAGAAAUACGGAGGAUAUAAAACAGGAAAACUGAAGCUGAAAAAGCCGAAACAGCUGCAGGAGGUGCUGGACAUCACGCGGCAGCUGCUAGCAGACCUGGGUGCACUGGUUGACUGUGAGAUCGAGGAGAAAAAGUCCAAACUGGAACAGCUCAAAACUGUGCUGGAAAUGUACGGACAUUUCUCUGGCAUCAACAGAAAAGUACAGCUCACGUAUCUGCCCCACGGACAGCCCAAGACCUCCAGCGAAGAGGAGGACACACGUAAAGAGGGCCCCUCACUGCUGUUGGUCCUGAAGUGGGGGGGGGAGCUGACGCCUGCAGGCCGAGUCCAGGCAGAGGAGCUGGGACGGGCCUUUCGCUGCAUGUACCCUGGAGGACAAGGAGACUAUGCUGGGUUCCCUGGUUGUGGGCUCCUUAGACUCCAUAGCACCUACAGACACGACCUGAAGAUCUACGCCUCCGACGAAGGACGGGUCCAGAUGACAGCGGCUGCAUUUGCCAAGGGUCUUCUGGCUUUGGAAGGGGAGCUGACUCCGAUCCUGGUGCAGAUGGUGAAGAGCGCAAACAUGAACGGCCUUUUGGACAAUGACUGUGACUCACUGAGCGGCUGUCAGCACCGAGUAAAGGCUCGACUCCACGAAAUACUACAGAGAGACCGAGGGUUUACAGAGGAAGAUUAUGACAGGCUGGCACCCACCAACAGUGCAUCUCUGCUGAACUCCAUGAAGCUGGUGGAGAACCCAGUACAGACCUGUGACCGAGUAUAUGCCCUGAUCCAGAGUCUGACCGCACAGAUACGCACACGCAUGGAGGACCCCACCUCUGCAGAUCUGCAGCUGUACCACUCUGAGUCCUUGGAGCUCAUGCUGCAGAGAUGGUCCAAACUGGAGCGAGACUUUCGGAUGAAGAAUGGUCGCUAUGACAUAAGUAAAAUCCCUGAUAUCUACGACUGUGUGAAAUACGACGUCAUCCACAACUCCACUCUGGGCCUGGAGGAUACACUGGAGCUAUUCAGACUGAGCAGGGCGCUGGCUGACAUAGUCAUACCACAGGAGUACGGUAUCAGUAAAGCAGAGAAACUGGACAUCGCCUACGCAUACUGCCUUCCACUGGUCCGAAAGAUUCAAAUGGACCUGCAGCGGACGCAUGAGGACGAGUCUGUCAACAAACUGCACCCACUAUAUUCUCGUGGGGUGAUGUCUCCAGGUCGGCACGUUAGAACGCGCCUGUACUUCACCUCUGAGAGUCACGUACACUCACUGCUCUCGCUCUUCAGAUAUGGAGGCCUGCUCGAUGAGGAAAAAGACCAGCAGUGGAAAAGGGCCAUGGAUUACCUAAGCGCAGUGUCAGAGCUCAACUACAUGACACAGAUCGUCAUCAUGCUGUACGAGGACAACAACAAGGACCUUACAUCAGAGGAGCGCUUCCACGUGGAGCUUCACUUCAGCCCCGGGGUGAAGGGGGUUGAGGAGGAGGACAACCCACCCAUGGGCUUCGGGUUCAGGCCUGCGUCAGCGGAAGUUGCCCAGCAGGUGGAGGCCGUGCAGCCCGGAGGAGGGAACUUUGGCCUGGGCAGGAGGAGGCACCCAUCGCCCCUGCUCCAGAAUGGCCCCAAGCACACGGACAGUCUGGAGGACCUGACUUCAGACAAGCCCAGGAAAGGAGCCGAUCGCCUGGGAGACGAGGUGGACAAAACUGGGGAGGGAGGAGGGUCCAUAGAGGGGGGAGAAAGGAGCGAGACUGACCGCCAUGUUCCUCUUUCUGAGCCAAUCAGCAUCCAGAGGAAGUCCCCUCUCAUCCGCAACCACAAGACCGGAUCUAUGGAGGUUUUGUCAGAGACCUCCUCGUCCAAAGGGGGCAGUUAUCGUUUGUUCUCACUGUGCUCGCGUCAGUCUCCUGAGAUGAAGCAGAGUGGCCUCGGCUCUCAGUGCGCAGGACUCUUCAGCACCACUGUCCUCGGAGGCUCCUCUAGCGCCCCCAACCUGCAGGACUACGCACGUGCACACCGCAAAAAAUACUCAUCCGCCUCGCUGUCCUACAAAGACGAGUUGUUGUCUAUGCCGGCAGUAAAGCGAUUUUCUGUGUCGUUUGCAAAGUAUCCGACCAAUGGGACUAAAGAUGAUUCGUCUGCCGUAGCCCCGCCCCUCUGGUGUUCUGCUGCAGAGGAGCAGCGUAUCUCUCAGUUGUUGAAGCGUUUUUCGAGCGGCCCCAGCUUUAGCCCAGCCCCCGGCCCGUUAAGCCCUUCCUCCCUCUGUUUUGGCCCCUCCCCUGCCCACCCAGGCCCCUCCCCCCCUCCGCCGGCUCGCAGCACCCCCUGCAGACACCUGUCGGUCGACGCAGCCCUGGCUCACCAUCUACACCUGUGCUCCUAUCACCUACGUCUCUUCAGGAACUGCCUCAUCUCCGGACGAGACCCAAUCGAAUUCCUCCGAUACGGUUUUGAGGGCUGCUCCAUGGUGCCCUCUAUCUACCCUCUGGAGACGCUGCACAACUCUCUGUCCCUGAAGAAAGUCACAGAGUUUCUGAGUUUAGUUUGUGAGAACGCCGGAGACGCUCACAGCCGCGCAGGGAGAGCUUUGUCGGCCAUGUUCUCAGCACAGCAGCCUUCAGUGGAGUCCUACCUCCCCCAGAGAGUCCUGCCCUCAGCCCUGAGGUCCAGAACAGACCGACCGCCCUGGUACAGCAGCGGUCCAUCCAGCACCGUGUCUAGCGCUGGCCCCUCCUCCCCCAACGCUGAUUCCUCACCUCGGUUUAGCUUUAGCGAGAAGCUAACUCCUCAGAGCAGUGAAGAGGCACACACAGCUAACGCUAACCCGACAGCUAAUGACCCACAAUGCACUGCAGCUUCAGGGGAGGUGCCUCUGACACCAACAAACUCACCCCAAGAAGAAGACAACAGGAAACAGGAAUCUGAGGCAGCAGCAGAAGUCCCCCAGGCAUCAGAGGGACAUCUGACAUCAGAGGGACCUCGGCCUCCCCUGUGCCUCCUCUCUGACCUGUCUGUGCCCCCAUCUGCCCUCUCUGACCUCUCCCUGCCCCGGGUGGAGCCCUUCUCUUUGCCUGGGUCUUUGCCAGUGCUGUUGGAGCUGAGGGAGAGCAGCAGUGAGGCUGGCUCCAGCUCUCAGACGCCUCAGUCUCCAGAGGGCGCUGACGAGUUCUUUGACACGCACGAGAGCGUAUGGAGCGAUGUGGCUGAGAUUACAGAGUUUACUGAGCAUGCUCAGAAUAGCGAUGCUACGGCGCAUACUCCAAACGACGAUACAGAACACACUGAGAGCACAGAAGGGCCAGAGUGUGUAGAUACAGAAUGACAUCUGAGGGUGACUGUGGAGAGAUCUUUCCUGUCGAAACUGAACAGUGGAGCAUCUGUGAAGAGUGUGUGUAUGUGUGUGUGUGAGUAUGAGUAUGUAUUGAGAGAGCAUCAGGUAGAAAAACAACUAAACAAAACCUAUAUCAGCUCUAAGUUCAAAUGUAUGUGUGGUGCCAAAGUCCAAUUGUAGAACAAGUAUUAUAUCCAACUGUUACAGUGUGAGCCUCUCUCCACUUCUCUACGCUUCCUCUGCUCCUCCUCUGAUCUUCCUCUGCUCCUCUUCUGGACCUCCUCUGCACAUGGCUCCUUCUCUGCUCCUCCUUUGCUCCUCCUUUACACAUGGCCGGUGCUUAUCUGUGAAACGUUAGAUUUUUUUUUACUUUUGAGCUGAAACCCUGUGGCUCUGCUCUAAACUAUAAAACCGCCUGCAUGUAGUUUUUUAUUAGUUAAUAAUAAUAACAAUAAUAAUAAUAAUAAUAAUCUUAUUUGAGCAAGCUGUGCUAAAGUGAAGUUUCAGCCCUAAAGCUUUAGACUCCGCCUCCUCUGUGGUACAUGUGUUGGACAUGUUUAGGUUUUAACGGAACAAAUUUUCUCUUGCCUGGCAAGAGAAAAUUUGAUAUAUGUUUGCAUUUUUUAUACAGUCUGGUCCCCACUCCCUCUGUCACACCUUGUGGCCAAACAAACUUGAUCGUCCAAUUAGAUUUUUUUUUCAGUGAGGCAUCUGAAACAAAGGCGCUCAUUGGUCAUCUUUUACAAACAAAAUUAAAUUUUUCUCCCCUCAGAUUAACAACCAUUGAUUCUGCAGAAAUCCUCCAUGUUUUGUCCAUGUCCAUGUCCGCUGUGAUAGUUCUUAUUUCCUCCUAAGCAGCCAUAUUUGUUUUGAUAUAGACGCACCAUGCGUGUCCCUGAGUGGUUAAUCUAACGGUCAAUCACACCCAUCAGACCUCGGGGAGAUUCACUGGUGACCAGACUCACAUUUUCACGCUUGGACAAGUAUGUGUUGUGGAGCCCAGGCAGCCUUUACUCUUUAUUUCAUGGCUUUUAUCUGUAAAAUCCAGUUAAUCUGAUUUAUAAAUAAUCCUCUUUAAAAUCAAAAAAUCAUAGAGGUUAUAUCACAGUUGAGCUAUGGAAAUAUUUAUGAAAUGAAAUACACAGCAGCUGAGAUGACAAACCUGAACCUAAUGUGUUUUUCUUAUAUUAAUCUAUUUUAGACUUAAGUUUGUCUUAAUUCUGCAGCUAAUUUAGAUUAAAUUUUUUAUUUUUCCACUUUUACUUUGAAAGUCACUGAACAGGUCCCACUUCCUGUGUCUUAGUUCUACAGAAAUGUGUCAAAUCUGUAAAUGUUUUAUCAGAAAUGAUAAAAAAAACGGUAUAAAACUGUGCAGCCACUCAUAAAAUAAUAAUAUA